AUGGGAGCGCUGGCCGAACGCUCCAUCGAUGGGAACAACGACCCUCAGUGGGAGCACAACAGUUGCAGCUUUACCGCCUUCCAGGCUAAAGCAUGGUGGAGGCUGGAGCUGCCUGGUGUGUACCGGGUGUCAGAGAUUGAGGUCACCAAUAUGAAUAUCGGGAGGAGCAGGCUCAACAACGUGGAAAUUCUCAUCGGGGAUUCACUGUCAAACAACGGCAAUGACAAUCCAAGGUGUGCCAUCAUCAACGAUGACCCAGGCUGCUUGACUCAGACUGUCAAGUGUUGGGGAAUGGAAGGAAGGUUUAUCAACUUCUACCGGUCCUCUGAUGAAAUCCAAUAUCUGCAGCUCUGUGAGGUCAAGGUGUACGGAGGUAGGGACCCCGUCCAUCAUUACAUGAUCAUCAAAGGGGGAUUGGUGUACCAGUACCAUUGCUAGUAAAACAUAUUUGG